AUGCACAUGAGCCGCAACCUGGAGCUCGUGCUCAGCGGCGCCGCGCAGUGCACCUAUCUCGUCGGCAGCGCCAUCCCCGUCCUCCUGAUGGACCGCUUCGGCCGCCCCACGCUGCUGAUGGUGUGCUCGGCCGGCCUGUGUCUGUGUUUCGUGAUGGUUUCGCUCCUGCUCUCGCUCGAGCGUGAGGGCGCGGCGUACGGUGCCACCGCGUUCAUUUAUGUCUUCCAGCUGUUCUAUGGGGUCGGUUGGUUGCCUGUGCCGUGGUUCUAUCCGGCGGAGAUCAAUACCACGGUGCGCACGAAGAUGCAGGCGAUUGCGUCCGGGUGGAACUGGAUGGCUGUUUUUGCGGUUGUGAAGAUUACGCCGACUGCGUUUGCGAACAUCGGAGGGAAAACAUUCAUUAUUUUUGCGGCGCAUUCAUCCCCAUGGUCUACUGCUUCUAUCCCGAAACUAAGGGGCUGGAGCUGGAGGACAUCCCGCUACUCUUUGCAAGGGGGAGUUACAGGGGGUGACUUGACGUCCAAGGGAGGCCGAACUGUGGCGCCGGGGCAGCAUGCUCGAGAUGUCCAGGUAGACAGGAAGGUGGAAGUGCAUGAGAUUGAAACGACAGCUUAA